AUGAAAUUGCGAGUUAUUUCCUUUUGUCUGCUGCUACUUCUUUGCUGCGGCUUAUGUCGAGGCUUUCGCAGCUCCCCUGGGGCCCCCUCUUGCCUCAUUUCUCCCGCAGCUAGCUCCUACACUGCCCAUAGAUUCAGGCGGGGGGCCCCCCUAGGGGCCCCCAAGGGGACCCUAGCAGGCGCGCUGGGCCGUUUGCUUGCGGGGCCCUUCGCAGGGGACCCGCAGGAGUACCUGAAGCUGAGGAACACAGUCGAAAACCUUUCGGACUUCGAGGGUGGGCAGCAAAUGCUGCAGCAGAUGCUGCAGCGGCAGGAGGGCGAGCUGCAGCAGCACCAACACCCAGAAUUUGCUGCUGCAAACUACAGUCGGGCUCGAGCCCUGAGAGCAAAGGCUUCUAAACAACCACGCAAGAAAGAAAUCAAGCUGAGUGCCCGGAUUGCUGUGGGGGACCUCCAGCAGAAGGCGCGGCAGGCGCGGGUCUUCUUAGAAGGGAAGCAUCAGGUUAAGUUCACGCUGCAGCUGAGGGGCCGCGAGCGGUUCUCCCCAGAGAACCACCUGCCGCUACUGCAGCAGCUGCAGCAGCUGCUGCAAGAUGUGGGGCAGCCUGCAGCAGCACCCCAGGCGAAGGGCCCCUGCUCCGUCCUCACUCUCUUUCUACAGCCGAAAAAGAAGCACGGCCGAGCCAAGGCCAACCAGCAGCAGCAGCAGCGGCAGCAGCAAACAGACGCGCAGGACACAAACGAAGCUGCAGCAGAACCUCAGGAGCCCUGA